AUGGAAAUAAUUAAGAAUAAAGAAAAACACGACAAACUUAUAAAAGUUACACAUAAAAUGAAAGAAUUAAAUAAUUUUUUGGAUGAAGAUUUAUGUGAUGAUUGUAAUAAUUUAACAAAUUGUCAAAUUUUUUGGUACUCACAGAUUAAAUAUUCACAAUGUUUAAAACUUAUUGUUCUUUUUAUUCUUGCUGUAUCACAUUUAUACUAUAUUCAACCAUUUUUAAAAACAUACUCAGCUUAUGAGGAUCAUGUUCAUCGUAUUUAUGAUUAUGCUGAUACAUUUAGAGUCCCAAGCCAUGUAUAUAACCAAAAACUUUUACAGGCACAAAUUGAUGUUCUUACUGAUUAUAAAAAGAAUAUGUGGAUGACUGUUGGAUCUAUGUGUGUUUCUUUAAGUAUUUCAUGUUUUUUUAUGUUUAUUGUUCCAUUUACAUCAAUGAAAUCAUGCCAUUCAAUUUUUAUGAAAUUAAUUGAUUUUGUAGCAUUUUCAACUUUACCAAUACUUCUUUGGGCAAGAAGUGUUAUAGUUUCAAGUUUAUAUAAUAUAAUGGAUAUUGCUGCCGUUGAAAUACCAAGUUUAGAAUCAUUUGCCAAAUUAGCUAAAGAAUUGGGUUGUAGUCUUAAUGUUAAAUCAAAGAAAAUGUAUUGUCAAGAUUAUAUUCUUCAAUCAAUUUUUCCAAUAAUUAUACUUAAAUAUCUUAUGAUACUUUGUGUUAUUACAGCUGUCUAUGUUCUUCUUGCAUACCUUAUUGCUUAUUGUAUUAGACAUUGGUUUCCCCAUGGUCGUAAUCAUUCAACGGAAACAUUAUCAACAAAUGAAGAAAAAAAUGUUGAAGUUAUUAAAUUUGUCAAUGAUGAAAUUGCCUAA